AUGCAUGACUUCACACAACUUCGCGUCGCGCUGAAUGACCCGUGCUUUCCGCUCCUGUCAGGCAAAGCUUGUCACUACAGGACUUGCCUGGCAACCGGCGCCGCAUCGAAUAAAUCCCUCAUCCUCCCAGCUUCUCCCUCUUCCCCAAUUCGUCCCCCACACCCACACCCACACCACACGACACCACUUCCACCAUGCCGCCCAGAAGUUUCAAGAAGGCCAAGCGAACCACAAUCCCGCCACCCCGAGCCGCGAGUUCUGAGCUGGGCGACGGCGACGGCGACUUCAACCUCGACUGCAGUGCCCAAGGCAGGGCAAUUCGCAAAUGCCGCAGCAUUCGCCGACAUCGCCAUCAGCGACGACGACGACGACUUUGAGGAAGAAGAAAUCGACGACUGCAUUCACAUCGCACCCACUCGAAAGCGGAAGAGGUCCCCAUCACCACCCGCCCCAUUGCCGUCCCGCCACCUGGAAUCCUUCUCCGACUCCUCGCUGUCAGAUGACGACACCCCUCAGACACCCUUACCGCCGUCGGCAGGCACGACCAUCCACCUGACCAUCAAUGUGCCUCCGAACCACCAAGGUCCAUUGACCAUCAAUCUGGAUCCGAACAACUUUGCCCGUUUGCCGCGCGCUCCCACUGCGCCUUCAAAGCGUGAUGAGCUGGCCCAAGCUACAUGGGCGAGACUCAAUGCCCGAUCAGCAUCGAAAACGAAUAGAUAUGCUGGCUUCCUGGAUUUGCCAGCCGAGCUGAGGAACGACAUCUAUCGCACCGUUUUCGUCACCGCCCGAUCAGUAAAUUUCGCCCAGGCCGACAAUUUCUCCCGCUCUGCUGCACUUCUACGUACGUCUCGACAUUCGGCACAUAUAUCACACGCAUUGAGAUCCAUACUUUACUCCGAGAACAGCUUUGCCAUUGAGCGCCGCACGCAGCGCUACGGAUCCUUCUGGGAAAGCGAAUGGCGGGAAGUCGGCUUUCUCAACGUGCGCUAUUUCAUGAAGUCCGUUGGCUCCACCAACAUGGCCUUCAUCCGCAAGCUCUCAUUCAUGCUGGAAGAUGCCGUUCCGUGCCUCAAUCCAGCCAUGCGCACUAAUGAGGAGCGUCGCUUCGUUCACGACGACCAUCUAAUGUCGGUACUUCGACAUCUGGGCGAUCACUCUCAAUUACAAACCUUGGACCUCCAUUUCCAUGGACGCCGACGUGUCGAUCGCACCGAUGACCGAUUCCUCGACUACAUGAAGCGCAUUAAAGCGGACACGGUACGAUUCGUGGACUGGCCUCCUGGAAGCAGGUAUCCUCGACAGAGCAAACAGGAUGACAGCGUAAAGACCGCGCUUCUCCAGCACUGUACGAGGAAGCGCAAGAAAUUCGACGUGUCAGGUUCGUGGGAGAUCGAGAUUGGGCAGCUGUUAACGCGCCGUUCCUCCGGCAGGCCAGAAAAGGAUGCGGCGCUCGAGCGAUUGGCGCAUCUUUGCCUUGAUAGUGCUUUGCGGCUAAGUCGUACGAAACGGCAGUUAAUGAGUGUCAUGUUCAGCAAGCGGCCAUGCGAGAAAGGUCUGGCCAUGAACGAAAAUGGAAAAUUGGAAGCAAAUAUAGAUGAGAGUUAAUUGCAUGGCAGGCAUACUAUACUAUACUUUG